CAAACAUUACAGCGAGAUAGAUAAUAUGUCAGUAUAGUUUAACUUGAUUUACGUGCCAUGCUUUAUGAAGAGUAACCAAGAGAGAAUACGUCUGGCCUAUUUGCUAUUUUGUAAGCAAAUGUUUUAUAUCUGCAUAUUAAACAGUGUAUGAACAGUUUAUACAAUGAGUUAAUUAGUGUAAAUAUUUGUUUCAAUGAUGAUGAAUUUCAUUAUAAAUGGUGGGAAUAUUAUGUAGCGAAUAAAGCCGCUGUGAGAAGGAUUAUUUGCUUAAGUUGAAAAAAUGCAAGCAGUUUUCGAAAGCGGAAAACAAAACUCCAUGACUUUGUUCAAAAUGCCUUGUUAGAACAAUUUUAAGUGGACACAUACUUCAUGAAGAUUGGGUAUCAAAUAGGUCAUUGUGUUUACUGCAAUAAGUCGCAAACAUUUAACGAAAAUGUGUGAAACAAAUGGCGACUUAGACAAUGUUACUUUAGCAAUGAGGGAGAAUCCGGUGGAUGUUUUAAAUUCGUCUUGCGGAAAUAUAACACAAGAUGGCGGCUACGCGGGAAAUUCUUCACGUGGUGGUGGUAACGGCAGAAGUUUCGCUAGUUAUCAAAAAUUUUCAUGUGGUUACUGCGACACAGCAUGUAUAUACAGCGCCAUUGAGACAUUGUUUAUCAUUGGAAUAGUGGCAAACAUGUUUGUUAUAACACGAGUCGUUCGUGAUCGGAAGUUACGUGACCCGACAUUUGUUGCUAUAGCAGCUUUAGCUAUUUCUGAUUUAUUGUUUCUUACUCUAAAUCUGACAACAUCAUUUGAAAGAGUUAUCUUAUCUGUCACGUGCUCAUCUCCAGUUAUAAUUAGUUCACCAUAUUAUAUUCUGAAAUCCGUUUUCUGGUUCUCCGCAAAUACACACGUGGCUUUGCUGGCAGUUUUGAGGUAUAUUACGUUGGCUUAUCCUUUAAUAGCUAAUGCGUUUCUAACAAUUAAAAAGGUGAUAAUAUCGUCUGUAGUUGUGUGGAUAAUUGGAACAAUAAUUACAGGAAGUCUAACAGCACUUAUUGGAGCACGAAUUAUUCUGGCUGGACGAUCCCAGGAAUUUUUGCUAUUUUUAUGGCUAUCGGUUUACUUUUUACCAUUGAUUAUAAUAUGCGUUCUUCAUAUUUUGAAAAUAUUCCUGGUCAAAGGUUCCAUAACUGUCACAACAACUGAAACUACCCGGAUGUCGAUACAGCGCAUGUCAAAAAUAGUUAUUGUUGUUAUCGUAAUGGCGGCUGUUCUUCCAUUACCGAGACUUAUACAUAAAUGCUUAAAACUUGCUGGACGAGAUGUAUAUCCACCUAGUGAUUUUCGAACACAUUUUGGUGAAAUUGCGGAUUGUUUAUUUCUUAUAAACAAUUUCAUCAAUCCGUUCAUUUAUGGAUUUAUGUCUGAAAAGUUUCGCGGAAGCUUAAAGGCGAUGUUCUCUUGUUUACCUGGGGUUAAUGAGGACAGUAUUGUCACGUCUGAUACACCAUUGUCAUCAAGAAAGAUGAAUUACAAUCUAGGGGAAAUGCCGAGAAAAUACAGUUACGCUGAUAGUUUGGACAGUGUUAAUGGUGUGUAACUAAACUGAUAUCUUAUUGUUGAUAUUCUUUAAUGGUAUCAACAUAUAUAUCUAUACCGUGUGCUACUAUAUAUAAUAACACAAUACAAACAAAGAUAUCGUUAUAAACAGUAUCAUAUGUAAAGUGAUAUAAUGUGCUACAAUGUAAAUAGACUAAUGUAUGAUUGAUAUCAAAUGCUGAAAUACUGUGCUACAAUUUAAAUUGACUAAUGUAUAAUUGAUAUCAAAUACUGAAAUAACGUGCUACAAUGUAAAUAAACUAAAGUAUAAUUGAUAUCAGUACUGAAAAAAUGUGCUACAAUGUAAAUUAAUUGAAAUAUAAUUGAAAUCAAUACUGUAAUAAUAUGCUACAAUGUAAAUAGACUCAAGUAUAAUUGAUAUCAAAUAUUGAAAUAAUGUGCUGUGCUAUAAUUUAAAGACAUUUUCUACAGUUUUAUGAAAAUUUAAUCCUUUCAUAGAAUUUUCUAAAUUUUUUGUAUGGUUAGUAAAAUUUAAUGGCAAAUUCAAAAAUAAAAAUAAAGAUUUCUUGUAAAAUGGCAGUUUCCAUGGUAACCGUAUAUAUCAAAACUGUCAAAAUAGCCAAACUGUGUUAUAACAAAUAGAAAAUGUAUAAGAUAGCUUAAUACACACAACAAGCAUUGUUAAAUGCAAAGAUAACCUUAUCCAAUGAUUCUGUAUAAAACAAAUGAUAAUCUCAACAUAUUUCUUUAAAAAAUGAGUUUUCCAUGCUUGUAAACUGAAAAAAAUGAGAAAAAUAAACAUGUUUUCUGUGAAUAAUUAAAGAUAUUGAAACAUUUCUUUCAUAGGAUUUUCUAAAAUUUAUGUAUGUUGUGUAAAAUUUAAUGACAAAUUCAAAAAUAAAAAGAAAAAUAUA